ACGGAACGGGGUGGACGUGCCUUCGGCACAAAGCCCGAGAAGCGUAGCUACAGUCGGUUAGUCCGUGACAUCUGCCGUAACGGGUGUAUCGACGGCCCCUCACACCCGUUACUGCCAGCUGGUCGCUCCCCGUUGCUCGCUUCUGGGGGACUGGACCGCCGCACACCGCCAUGCAACCCGACUGAGAAAUACUGAUUAAGCUUUUUUUGUUCUUUUUUUUCCGGGGCGGUAUUUCUCCUCCAGCAGCAAUCGAGGAGAAGGACUGUCAGGCUGCAGCCCUGCGAGGGUCCCGGUUCGAACCAUCCGGCUUGUGGCGUCGGGGACUGGAUCCUGCUGGCCGAGGUCCGCCGGUCCGAUUCGCACGGAAAUCCCGGGUUACUGUGGAUCUUGAACAUAUCGUAGAAGAUUAAAACGGAGAUGCAGAACCGACGGAUGGUUAUCAGGACAGAUUUCCAGGCUCCAGACUGAAGCGACAGAGCCGGAUAGCGGUCUGCUCAGCACGGACCCCCGUGUGUCAAAUGGCGUUUCUCAUGAAGAAGAAGCGCUUCAAGUUUCACACGCACUUCACCCUGGAAGAGCUGUCUGCCGUGCCUUUCGUCAACGGGGUGCUCUUCUGCAAGGUCCGCCUGCUGGAUGGGGGGGACUUCGCCGCUGAAUCCUCCAGGAAGGAGGUCCAGGAGAACUGUGUCCGCUGGCAGAACAGGUUCUCCUUCACCUGCAAGAUGAGCGCCAACCCCACCACCGGGGUGCUGGACUCCUGCGUGUGCCGGGUGUCUGUCCGCAAGGAACUCAAAGGAGGAAAGACAUUUUCAAAACUGGGUUUUGCUGACCUCAACAUGGCGGAGUUCGCUGGUUCGGGCUCCACGGUGCGCUGCUGCUUGCUGGAGGGCUAUGACACCAAGAACACUCGGCAGGACAACUCAAUCCUCAAGGUCACCAUUGGGAUGACACUCAUGUCUGGAGAUCCCUGCUUUAAAACCAUUCACUCAUCACCAUGGUUACGGCCCUCCUCAGGCUACAGCACGGAGCACUCCCAUUCGUCCAGCCUGUCGGACCUCACGCACCGGCGGAAUACCUCUACCGGCAGCAGUGCCUCGGGCGGCCUGGGUAUCACUGUGGAGGGCCCCGUCGAGGGUGACAGGGAACCGGGCCGUGCCGAGAGACCCCCCCGACCUCCUCGGCCCACGCUGCCCCCUGGCCGACUCUCAAGGCGGAAGAAAGACUCUGUGGAGAGCCACCCAACCUGGGUGGAUGACACCCGUAUCGACGCCGAUGACAUCGUGGAGAAGAUUGUCCAGAGCCAGAACUUUGCCGACGUCAGCAACAGCGAAGGUGCUGCAGGAAGCGCAGUCCGCCGUGCCCCUUUGCCGCCGUGCCCCUUUGCCGCCGUGCCCCUUUACCACCGUGCCCCUUUCCCGCCGUGCCCCUUUACCGCCUGUGUCGCUGUGAAAACCACUCCACAGGAUGGAGGAUUCCCUAACACCCCACAGCUGUGGCUGUCGGCAGUGUGA